GAACAGAGGCGGGUCCGCGCCGCGGGCCUUGUAGCCAUUUUAGGAGGAAACAACCGGGAUCGCCGGCUUGGGGCGCGGCUUCAAUUUCAAUAACUUUAUUGGUCUCUCUGUAUGCCGAACAGCCGGCGUGCGUGUGGCCCCGCGAUCCCGGAGCGCAUCGCCCGAGGUGAGCGGCGCGGCGGUGUGCGGGGCCGGGGCCGCGUGGCAGAGGUUGCCCCCGACUCGAGCUGCAGCCAUGGGAAACACCACCAGCGAGCGGGUGUCCGGGGAGCGCCACGGUGCCAAGGCUGCGCGAGCCGAGGGCGGCGGCCAUGGUCCGGGCAAGGAGCACAAGAUCAUGGUGGGGAGCACUGACGACCCCAGCGUCUUCAGCCUGCCCGACUCCAAGCUCCCUGGGGACAAAGAGUUUGUACCCUGGCAGCAGGACUUGGAUGAUUCUGUGAAGCCCACCCAGCAGGCCAGGCCCACCGUUAUCCGCUGGUCUGAAGGGGGCAAGGAGGUCUUCAUUUCUGGGUCCUUCAACAACUGGAGCACCAAGAUUCCACUGAUUAAGAGUCAUAAUGACUUUGUUGCCAUCCUGGAUCUUCCAGAGGGAGAGCACCAGUACAAGUUCUUUGUGGAUGGACAGUGGGUUCAUGAUCCGUCAGAGCCUGUGGUUACCAGUCAGCUUGGUACGAUUAAUAAUUUGAUCCAUGUCAAGAAAUCUGAUUUUGAAGUAUUCGAUGCUUUAAAGUUAGAUUCCAUGGAAAGCUCUGAGACAUCUUGUCGAGACCUAUCCAGCUCACCCCCAGGGCCUUAUGGUCAAGAAAUGUAUGUGUUUCGAUCUGAGGAGAGAUUCAAGUCCCCACCCAUCCUGCCCCCUCACUUACUCCAAGUUAUUCUUAACAAGGACACUAAUAUUUCAUGUGACCCAGCCUUACUUCCUGAACCCAACCAUGUUAUGCUGAACCAUCUCUAUGCACUGUCCAUUAAGGACAGUGUGAUGGUCCUUAGUGCAACCCAUCGCUACAAGAAGAAGUAUGUCACCACGCUGCUCUAUAAGCCCAUUUGAAGAGGACAUCACUCCUUGCCUCAAGGAUUCUGGAGAAGCAUCUGCCUUGCCUUUGAACUGACCCAGUCUUCUCUGAGGCUGGAAGGCUGGUUUGUGUUGAGGCUGAUCUGUGUGUUUCAGAGCCUCUGAGUAAGGGGCUCUGCUUUUGCAUUUGAUUGCAGAUGAGAGCUUUAGGAGUUUGUGGAAUUUAUUUUAAGAAAAACAAAACCAUAUAUAUGCAUAUGAAGGGAAGGUUACUGGAAGCCUCCUAGCCCAGCUAUCUAGGUUCUCUGCCUGUGGGAAAUCGCCAAGGCUAGGCCUGAGAGGGAGGCUUUGGCCACAGGAAUGAGUAUACCAGAAGCUUCUUUUCCUAAAGUGAAAGAAUAACAAACUCCUCGGACCCCUGUCAGGCAGAGGUUCUGCCACUAUACCCUGGUGUCAAAGGGUCAGCAGUGUGCCAGGCUGCUGCCCUACUUACAGCUGCCUCUUUGCAGGGUGGCUUUUCUUGCAUGGACUGAUUCUGUAUUUCAUGGUAUGUGACACAAUCUGCAGUGUUUUUAUAUGACACUAGAUGCUCCACAAGAACUCUUCUGGUUUUAUGUACCCUGUUUAGUAGUUUCCCUCAGAUCUCACACGAGACCCAGUAAGGUGAGAAACCCCUUUGAAAAGUUGUGUGGGAUUAGACUCACCUUGGAGACUGGAGGUGCCAGGGUCUCCUUUUUUUUAGCCCAGCAUGGACUCAGCACACUUUAUUACAACUUAUUUUAACGUCUAAAGACAAACAGUGGCUCAGUAUCAAGAGAAAUGCCUCUUUGAGUUUCUGUCUGGUCCUGUAUAUUGAUUGCUGUAGGCCACAUGCUCUCUGGCUUCUACCGGGCUUGGCCGUGUUUCCAGCCAUUCUUCAUCAGAGCAGGCAGUUUGUCACAUGGAAUUAGGGAGCCUUCCAUAUCUUUCAUCCCUGAAAGAGUUUUACAUACCUAUGCUUUUCUUUAAUUAAAAAAUCCAUCAGUUUCAACAGCUAUUAAAGCAUCUCAGGCUUUUGACCAGAGGUUCUUUAGAGGUUCUUCUCCAGUCUAGGGAAUUCUACAGUCUUGGGUUAAUAUGGCCAAUCAUGUAUACCUCAUUAAUUACCCAAGCACUCCUUUUGACCUGAGUUCGUGCAGGCUCAUAGAUGCACAUUCUAGAUUGCCCUUUAAAGAUGUGUAAGGUGAGGAACUACCCCUGCUGUUCAUAACCAAGUAUUAACAUGUUUUUUCUUUUGUCUCUUUCUUUUAAAUGUUUGACAGUGGAGUGGGUCACUGGUUACCACUGACUGAAAAGUAUUCGACCCACUCAGGAUUCAAAGAUAUUUUCUCCAAGUAUCUUGACACUUCCAUUUUACAGAUAAAUGCAAGUCAGGCAUUAAAUGCUAUUCAUGAUUGAGAGACAUCAUGUCUGCUAAGAUGAGCCAACCACGUUGAGAGGGACAUGCAGGUCAGUUUUUAGCUACCUCCUGACUUUCCCACAUUGGCGCAGCCAUCCUCUUUGGAUCCUGAGACCUCAGUUGUCACAAGUGUGAAGCAGGCAGGUGUGGGGCUGUUUCACAAGGAAUACAGAUUUGUUAAAUGCCUUGGUUAGGUAAUGGUGGGGUGAGUACUGCUUCCCCCAUCCCAGAACACGUCCCCCUCCUCUUUUGUGGAGAACCUUUCCUGUGCAAUCGGAUUUCUGGGUAGUGUGCCAUUUUGGAAACUAAAGUCUACUCCUGUCAUUACCAACUCAGAGGCUCUUCGGAUUACUGAAAGGCUGUUAGGUUUUGUUUUGUUUUGUUUUCCCAGUGCCCAUUUAGAAGCAGGCCGCGGAGGAGGAUUCAUAGUUUGGAUUGUUACACAGUGGCUUCUGUUGUAUCUGCACUUGCUAACAUAUGAGCUGGAAUCAUCUGUGUGUUUGUGGAUUAAACUUUUAUGCCACACGGGUGGAGCAGUAGAAGAGUAGGGAAGCCGUCUUCAGUCUCAGGCUGAGGCUCUGUGAAUCAGGUGUGGCUGUGGGUACUGGUGACCUUCAGGUCCUUCUCAUUUGGAAUGACAGUCCCUAGUUCUCAAGUCAUCCCCAGCCAAACUUGAAAUUCUAGCUGGUGUGGAGGGAGUGGGGUGAGGGGGCCUGGCUGGUGACUCCAGUGCCGCCUCUGUCCUGCUGGUACCUGACCCUGGGGAGCUCUGUCACUCUUGCCAGAGAACAGUUGUGAAGUUCACUGAAGAGGGUACUGCUUUUCCAUUAGUUACUUUAAGGGACAGUUUGUUUUCUACACUAAAAGGGUUGGUAGAGUCUGGAAAUAAGUCAAAAACAAACACCUCAGUCUUUUUAAAAUGUCCAUUUUUUCUUCACCUAUGGGAAUUUUGCAGUCAAGUUGGUAGAGUAAAAUACCCCUUAAGGAGGCUACCUCUUACACCUGUGAUACAGCUUGAGGGCUGUGAGGCAAUGAGAGUGACCUGAAGAUUGGCACCAGGAAACUGAAGGAACUGAAAACAGCCUCUUUAAAAGAAGAAAAUUAAAGCCAGAUGGAACCUGGUCCUUGGAUUUCAUUGUACAGAAAACUUAGCAGCCUGUAAAAUACCUUCUCUCGGCCUCUACCUGCCCACUACCUUUCCCCUGCAUUCUGUUUGACUUCGUGUAUCAGUAAGACAAGUACACCAGGGUGUCAAGUCUACCAUUGCCUAAAAGUCUGACUUCCAACAGUGUGAAGAACUUUCAUGGCUUCCUGUCAACCUGGACUUGAUUUAGCCACUGUUGGCAACGCCCCUAAAGGGCACACCUAGCUUCAGGAGCACGAGCUUCUCAAGUAUGAAGUAUAAAGGAGGAAUCUGGGUUUCUGAGAGGAACCAUGAGCCACUCCUGUUGGUUUUGGUUGCUUGCAGUUCUAAUAGAUCUUACAUGUAUCUUUUGAAAGGUGUCAGUAUUCCAUGCAUGCCUCUUAAGUGAAGUGAUGUGAAGUGGGGGGAUGGGACUUUUAAAUGUUUGACCUCAAAACAAUAAGCAGUAGUCCCCGUGUAUGAGAGUUUGUGUUUCACACUGUUCUCAGAUGCUUUGUCCUCGCCUUCUUGUGAUUUGGGGCAUAAGAGCAGAUGAGGAUUUUGUUCCUACUAUGACUCAGCCUCAAAACCAAGUUCCUGCCAUCUUCUGUUGGGCUGUAGACCCCAUUACUCACAGGGGGCCUGGCAGGAGUAAGUGUCUUUCCGAACUCUACAGGUCUAGACAUUUGUCAGUCUUUAGGUGACAGUCACAGCUGGAGAAUGAAGGACUAACUUCUGCAGUGAACUUACGUGUUUGGGAUAAAAAGCCAAGUCUUUUUCAAUUAUAGGAAAGAAGAAAAUAAGUCUGCUGCUUGUAGAAUCCGCUCCCUCUGGAGUCUAGGCUGGACUUGGUCUCAGUAUUUCUCACUAUUGCUCUGAAGCAAGCAAGCCUCAUUGACAAUAAAAAUACUUAGUCUCAGUUGGAGUUAUUGGAACUGUGUGUGGCACAGCACCUUUGCAUGAAGAUUGGUGCGAAAUACUAAAUGUUAGGGAUUCCAUAGUGAGGGGCUCCUGCAGUAAGAGUUGGAUCAGGUGUUGACUGUCUUCUGUUCCCCUCUGAGGAGCACCAUCCCCAGCUUACCAUUUUAGGUUAAUUUGCCCUAAAUUCUGUACGGUGUCCUAUCUGAGAUGCCUUUGAUUGGCAGGUGUUGGUUGUUUACACUCUAGAGCCUGUUGUGAAACAGGGCUGAUUUAAUUUGAUGACAGGUAUGUAUGCCUGAGUCUCUUGACCGGUGCUCUCUGUGGCCUUCGAUGCUGCCACGCAGAGCUGCUACAGCAUCUCACACUGGGCUGUGGCAUGCCUGAAGACUGUAUAAUGUCACAAAAAUGGGUUUGCUUUUUCCAUAAAACUCUAAUAAAAGCACUAUACAACAGUAA